AUUGUCAUCUUUGGAUCGUCGGCCGUUUCUUCUCCCUCCAACGAUAGCAGUGACAAACAUCAUCAGCCAGCUACUAUAGUACGGUACUGUAUCGAUAACAGCAUGCAACGCCAAACCUUACAGCAGCAGACAUCAGGGUCUGCACCCGAGUCCAUAUCUCCUCUGGAUGUAGAGAGUGGAGGUGCCACAGAUGGCAAUAGCAAGAAUCAUCCUUCCGUGUGGAUGGCGACACUCACAUCGGUCUUUACGCGGCUGGAAUCCUUGCCAACGCCAAAAUGGCUGCAGUCGAGUGCCACUACUACUAGCAGUACUGGUAGUCAACCACCACCGUUGGUUACGGGUUUGAAUCGAGUGCUGUUGGGUACCCAACCUGCCUGUGAAGUCGUGACGAUUGGGGGCAUUCAUCCACCACGGUAUCUGUGCUACAUGAUCAGUGGGAGUCUCUGCGAUAUCAUUCAAUUCUUCAUCGAUGUGGCCUUGCAUUUCUGUUUUGGCAUUGACGAUCCCAGUUUGUGUUGGGCAUUGGGGUUUGGUGGAUCUAUUGUCUUUCGACAUUCGUCGCAUCGAUAUCUCGUCUUUGGAGACUACGUGGGUGGAUACUGGAACUCACUCAAACGCAUGUACGCCGGAUAUUCCAUCAUCAUUGUUCUGUCCACCAUAUUUAACAUUGUCAUGACACGAAUGGCCAUGCUGCCACAUUACGUCGCGUGGCUCAUCACGCUCUUAUGGACCGGCAUUGUCAAUUAUUUCAUUCUCAAGAAACUAUGGAGUUUUGGAGGAACAAACAGCACAAACACAAACAAUGCAGCUAGCUAGCUAGUGACACGGACAAUGCAACCAUGGUCAUGCAUCCACACAGAUAAUCUAGCUAAUUAUCGUGUCAUGCCCGCCAGUGUUCCAAACAAUGCUGAUUUGGCUUCCUGGUGCAAGGUACCGAUCAGUCAUCGUCAAAGCCUCGUCGUUUUCAUCCUGGUAUCUACUGGUAGCUAGUUGCCAUUGAUGCAAUGAUUAUCCUGUCAUGAAGUAGCUGGUGUCGAAGCAGCCAACGUUGUAAUUCCUCUACUAGCAGCCUUAACCCGUCUCUGCAAUCCGUGGCAAUGGAUGUCGACUUUGAUAUCUGGCUACCGGUAGAGCCCGGUGUGCACGGCUACAUUUCUUGAUCCACGCAACAUCUUACAUAUUGCUGCGGUAUGGUAGCUACCCAACCGUUGAAAGUGACGAUUUGGGGCCGGCCAAUGCAACCUCCAAGAAUCACACUGCUAUGAUAUGAUGUCACUGCGCACGCUGAGACAGAGACAAAGGUGGUCUUCGUGGACAUCAAAAUGGAUGGAUUGAGCAGAUCCCGGGCCAGCUAGCUAGCUACUAUAGUACCUUUGUCCCAAAACGCGUAGUCUUUACUUCUAACUUUAUAAUAACAAUAGUAAGCCGACAGGUGAUCCUUCAGUUCAUUCAUUCCGAC